CACCCUGCUCCUCUUCCUCCCUCUUCCCAAGGAGGAGCUCCUAGCAAAGCAGAGCUCCCAGCAAAGCAUCUCUCUUCACCCCCAGCAGAGAGGUGCAUCCCUGGGCUUGCUGUCUGCUUCUCUCCAUCCCCAAACCCCCUCAGCCCAGGGAAGCAGGAUGAAACCUGGGUUUUGGCUGUUUCCCACCACCCUGGCAGCAGUGCUGGGCAGGGCUCUGCUGGAGGAGGGGAUGUGCAGGGCUCCCGAUGGUCAGGACGGCUUCCCGGGAGUCCCUGGCCUGGAUGGGAGGCCAGGACAGAAAGGUGACACAGGAGAGCCAGGGAAAUCAGCGCGGGGUGCGGGCAUCCAGGGACCCAAAGGGGACUCCGGGGAGCCAGGGCUCCCCGGAAUCCCUGGGAACCGGGGUCACCAGGGCCUGAGCGGCUCCCCCGGGCUCCCAGGACCACCGGGGCCAAAAGGGACCAAGGGUGAAGCCGGUGGCAGCCAGGAGCAGCCUCGUCCCGCUUUCUCUGCCGCCCGGAGAUCCCCACCCCCCGGGGGCAGGACCGUGGUGUUCGACCACAUCAUCACCAACCAGGAGGACUCCUACAACCCCCAGACGGGGGUGUUCACCUGCACCACCCCCGGCAUCUACUACUUCGCCUACCAGGUGGUGUCCAGCGGGGACCUCUGUCUCAGCAUCACCAAGAACCAGGAGGACGUGGUCGGAUUCUGCGACUACAACAGCCACAAGGUGCUGCAGGUCAACUCGGGCAGCACCGUCCUCAGCCUGGCCCCGGGGGACAGAGUGGCCCUGACCACCGACCCUGCCGGUGGCAGCAGCAUCUCCAGGGGCUCCGAGGCAGACAGUGUCUUCAGUGGCUUCAUGCUCUUCCCUCAGAGGGGCUGAGGGGACCCUGGGGGACUCAGCACCAGAGCAUCCUGGCAUAGCUGUCAGCAGGGUGUUUGCUCCUCUCUGUCAGUGCGUGGGAUGGUUUGCUACCAAAACAAAUGGAAAUGGCCCCAAAGUGGUCCCUGUGCUUCCCCUGAUGUCUCAGGGGGGACACCCCACUGAUGCUGAGCCUGCCCACCCCAUCCUGGAGAUGGAGGACCCCAGGUCCCAGCAACCUUUUGUGUCCCUGGGCACUCAAACCCCACAGCAGAGGGGAAGAGUUGGGCCUGGGGCCAUUCACCACUUUGGGGUCUUUAUUCCUGAAGAAGAAACCCCCCUGUGUGUCCCCACUCCUGCCACCACUGCACCCACCUUUUGGAUACCUCUCACGUCCUCCUCACACCAUCCCAUCCCACAGCACUGUAAAUAAAAACCUCUUCCAU